AUGAGGCCGCCUCUUCGACUUGCCAUCUUGGAAUGUGAUAGUCCACCGCCUAAUGCAGAUGCCAAAUAUGGUGGCUACGGUGGGGUGUUUACCACACUCCUCAGGUACGGUGCCGAACUAUUGGGAAAGCCAGACCUAGAGGCUAUGCUCCAGAUAUCCAAAUACCAGAUCCAGCUGGAUCCAGAUAACUACCCAAAGCUAGAGGACGUUGAUGCUAUUCUUCUCACAGGAUCGCGAUAUAACUCCUUCGAGGACGCACCAUGGAUCAAGAAACUGGUAGAUUUCACAGCAGAGAUACUAAAGCAGGACCGAAUACGAUUGAUUGGUGUCUGUUUCGGACACCAGAUCAUUGGAAGGGCGAUGGGCGUCAAAGUGGGACGAAACGAGGCCGGCUGGGAAGCUGCUGUGGACGACUUUGAUCUAUCGGAGAGGGGAAAACAACUUUUUGGGAAGGAGAAACUGAGUAUACAUCAGAUGCAUCGUGACAUCAUAUACUACUACCCGGAUGGUGUAGAACAGCUCGGCUCAAGUCCAGUAUGUGCUGUACAAGGCAUGUACAAGAAGGGCCAUCUCAUCACCGUGCAAGGUCAUCCGGAGUUCAACGAAGAGAUCAUGACAGAGCUCCUGAGGGUGCGACACACCAUGGGUAUAUUCAACGACGACGAAUUUGAUAAGUACAUGGACAAGGCGGGAAAGCCGCAUGAUGGCGUCGUGGUUGCAAGGGCGUUCCUCGAGUUUUUGCUCGAUGAUUGA